AAUUUUGUUUACAAAACACAAACAGAUUAUCCUCCUAACUAUGUUUGACAUUUUUCUUGACAUUUCCACUUUAGAAAAAACUUUAUUCUUGGCAUCACAACUUUAUUUACAAAUACAAAAAAUCUGUUUUGUCGACUUUUCAAAUAUGAGCUCUUCCUCCUCAUUUAUUCUCGGCCUGACUCCAACACUCUUCCAUAGAAAGAUGCCAACACUGGAGAACAACAUUUCUUUUGGCAUUGCAUGAAUAACUUUUAGUCUUUUUUUCCCUUUUAAUAUGAAAACAGAGGGCACAUUUGAAGUAAAUGUAUAUUCUGUCCGUCUCUCUCCAUCGGGGAGGUCCUGUGGAGAUGCAGGGAAGCUGAAGGGUUAACUCGGGGCUCGGGGAAACCUGAUGCUAAUUAAGCUUUGGAAUUCCUCAUCCCGACAGAGCAGGAGCUCAGAGGCUCAGGAGGCAGCAGCAGCGAUGUCUGAUGUGUUUAUUCCUCACUGACACUCAGGGAAGUCGGUCUCACCGAACCUGCAGCUGAAGGUAAAGACGGAUUUUUCUCAUGCAAACAUGGUUUUACUAACAUCGGUGCUGCUGCUCUCCUGGGUUUCGCUGCACAACACCGCGCAAGCUGCAGCAGAUUUCUGCCGGGGGUCGCACUGCCCCGGCGGGGGCAGGAGCGACCCGAGACCGUGCACCGGGGAGCACUGUCCGGGGGGCAGAUCCUCCAGGCAGCCGCGGCAGUUCAACCCCACCACGCAGGGGAGAGCGGCGCAGAUAGUGGCCAGCCAGCACCACGCGUACCCGGGCUCUCCGAGAGCCGCGGCUCAAGCCUACCCGGCCGCGCAGCCUCUCCGCGGGCGACACGGAGACACCGGCGGCGGAGGAGGAGGAGGAGGCGGUGGCACACGGAUGAAGGCGCCCGAGGUCCUCCCUCUGCCUGCAGGGUGCACGGACCCGGGCUGCACCGCCGCUGUGAAGCAAUUUCAACCCACAAAUGACACCCGAGACUGCAGAGGGAUCGAGUGCAGACUGCCCCCGAGGAUCCGGCCCAAAGCUCGGGCGAAGUCCUGUGUGGGUGAGGGCUGUGUGGCCGGUUCCGAGGAGAGCGUCUCCUCCUCCUCUUCCUCCUCCAGCCAGCGUCCUCCCGUGCAUCUGUCCGACAGAGCCGCGCAGUUUCUGGGAGAUUUCCCGGAGUUUGGAUAUUCUUCCUCGGAACUUGGCGGCGCGCCUCUGGGUGUCCAGCUCACAUGUGACAUCAAGCCAGGUGAGAAUGAAGUUCCCUCAGAGGACGCCCUCAUCCUGCACCUCCAGCUGGCCAAGGGGCAGGAGACGCUGGUGGAGGCCCUGCGCGCCCAGCAGGUGGUCAUCCGCGACCUGCAGCAGAAGCUCGUCGACCAACAGGACGCCCUUCUGUCCCAGCAGCGCGAAAUCCUGGAGCAGCAGCGGCGCAUGUACGACCAGAUGGACGUGGUGAAGGCCCAGUACGGCCUCCUCUCGGACACCGUCAAACAGGUCUCCUUCCAGGGCCUGCAGGGCGAGCUGCAGAGCUACUUUGAGAGCCACUUGGCGGGUCUGCAGAGCCAGGCCCGCAGCCACCUGCAGAAGUCCUACGCCGUCCACAAAAUGGAGGUGGACACGAAGGUGAUGGACGUGGUCGGGGAGGCGAAUUUCCCUCAACCUCUGCUGGGCUGCCCUUCGCCCUGCAGCCCGGAGGAGUUCUGUGAUUUUCAGAGGGACCCGCCUCAGUGUGAGAAGUGCACCAUGUGUCCGCCUGGCUUCUUCCUCAUCUCACAGUGCUCGUCCACCGCAGACCGCAUGUGCCAGGACAGAGACGAAUGCCUUGAACUACCAAACAUUUGUGGGGAGCGAGUGAAGUGCCUGAACACCCCAGGAGGCUUCAGGUGUCUGGGGGUGUCUGAGAGGGAAGUGGGGAUGGGCAUGUGUGGCCACGACUACUUCUUCAACCCGGAGCUGCAGGAGUGCCAGGCCUGUUCGGACUGUGAUGGAGAGGCUGUCGCUGUCCCGUGCACGGCCGUCAGCGACACCGUGUGCAGCCAGAGUUCAGAGAGCCGACUCUCUCAGUCCUGGGCGGCGAACGUGGUGGUUCCGUCUGCGCGGACGUCGGGCGCCAACAUCUUCCAGGGGCUUCAGCUGAACAUCCGAGAGAAGGAGGGCAGCGACUUGCUGUCCAACGAAGGCGGGCAGGUGACGUUCCUGCAGCACGGCCUGGUGUGGCUGGACCAUAACUUUGCAUUAAAGCACAGCUGCAGGAACUUCCUCCAGGUGGGGAUGAGGCUCAACGGCAGCCAGGAGGAGGAGGGUCAGGAUCUCAGUGGCGUUCGCAUCGAACAGCCCGAUGGGAAGUACUUUCAGGGUGUGAGCGUCAGCAGCGGAGUGGAGGUCGAGCCUAAUCACACCUUCACCCUCCUGCUGAAGAGUCCGAAUCAACACUGCAACCAGAGCAAAGAUCUUCACGUGUACGAUGUCAACGCUCCGUCUUUGAGUCUCCUCUGGUUGUCUCAUGAUACCGGCGCUGUUGCCAUGACGGCUCAGAUGUCCCUGUUGGUCCACUACCAGACCAGCUACCGCCCGACGUUCCGUAUGACCUCGGUGUCUGACCCGUAUAUGAUCAGCCUGACCCACGACAGCCGCGGGGUGCGCUUCACGGAGAGCGGCGUGGUGAAGUUCGUCCUCCAGCAGGCGCUGUACUCCAUGGGCCACACCUGCAUUCGAGAGGGUUUCUCCCUGAUUGCUUUCACUAACCGUAACGGGACGGGUGUGGAGGCGACGCAGGCCUUCAAGACGGGCGUCAACUACCGGGACACCUCCAUCACCCUCUCUGGCGCGGUGAGCGUGGACAGUGGAGACACACUCACCUUCGAGAUCACGUCGCCCUCCCAGUGCAACAUCCGUUAUUUCGGGGACAGCACUGGGAUCAGCAUGCUGAGCCUCAUCUGGAUUCCUUCGGCUGUGGCGUCGGCUUUGACCGCUACCGUGUCCAGGACCGGCCUCCCCUUCGGAGCGGUGAGGAACAAACCGCUGUUGUUCCAGCAGAUCAGCGCAGACACGCCGCAGGUUCACUUGGCCCGCUCGGGCGAGCCGAGCAGCCGGAAGAACUUUAUAUUCCACGAGAAAGGGACAGCGAACAUCGCCCUCAACCUGAAGCUGAUCCACUCGUGUAACAUAGUAAAACUCACCUUGCAGAAGGUGGCAGGUAAGAGUGGGCAGGCGGGUCCUGUGGCUCAGCAGGUGUCUGGAUACAUGCCUGAGGGCAGCGUGUGGGCCAGCAUCGGGCUCAGGGCCUCGUUUCAGGUGCAGAACGGCACAGCGGUGUACGUGACUCUGGACUGUAUCCGAGGACGUGUCAACCAGAUCACACACGAGGGAGGCACUAACAUCUCAAUCCUCUGGGUGGCGGUGUGAAGCCUCCCGGAGCCUGAAUGUCACUAAGACAGUUUGUGAGAAGACAGAAGGACAGUUUUGCACAGUUUUGAAUCGCAGAGCAGAUUCAACAAUUUACCAAAUCCAGGAAAAAUGCUGGUUGAUGAAAAACGUAUUCCACAUAUUUUGUCAUAUUAUUGUUUUAAAUGUGUAUUUCAUCACUUUUUUAGAUUUUUAUGGUGAAAUAUUUUUCGUGUAUGGUUUUAAACAAGUACUGAUUUUGCUUGAAGUACUUCGGCUGGUUGAGCAGUGACCAAUUCUUAAUUGAAUGUUUAAGUGUGUGUGUACUGUGUGUGUGUGUGUGUGUGUGUGUGUGUGUGUGUGUGUGUGUGUGUGUGUGUGUGUGUGUGUGUGUGUGUGUGUGUGUGUGUGUGUGUGUGUGUGUGUGUGUGUGUACAACUGUGUGCACUGGUGCUUGUAUAGAGAGUGUGUGUAUGUGUGUGUCUGUGUGACACAUUUGCAUGCCUACUUUUGCGUGUGUGUGAGUCUUUUGAUAUGUAUAUCCCUCCAUCCCUGCAUAUACUUAACAUACAAACUGUAUGUAACAAACCUUUUUGUAUUAUAUCAUUAGACCUAUAAAAGCAGUAGUUUGAUAUUUUGGGAAAUAUGGUUAUUCAUUUCCUGGACGAGAGUAAACGUAUGUGUAAUUAAACAGCAAGUAUAUCUCAGAGGAUCGAUACCACACUCAGUAGCCAGUUAGCUUAGCUUAGCAUAAACACAGGAAGCAGGGAAACAAUAAUGCGCAAUAUUUGACAUAUUUCACUUGUUUAAUCUGUACAAAUUCUGUGAAAAGACAUUUUUGACAAAGUGUUUUGACAUUUGAACAGAUGUUUAUGCUCAGAAUUGUUGUUUGGCUCGGACCAGUAACUUCCCGGACUGCAUUCUGAAGGGGUCAUAACCACUUCUUCACAGAGUUCUUUGUGUGGAUUAAACUAACGGGUGCUAUUUUUUUUUUGAAACUUUGGGACAGAGUCAGGCCAGCUGUUUCUUUUCAGUAUUUGUGCUAAGCUAAGCUAAAACGCUGCUCUUGACAACCUCAACCAAUCAUUAUCUGUACGGCUUUUCCUUUGAGGGUGGUGGUGGUGGUGGUGGUGGUGGGGGUUGGAGCCAAUCCCAGCUGAGCUUCCUAUUUACCGCACAUGUUAGAGAGUGGCAUCAAUCAUCAUGUCCGACUUUCUCUCAGAAUGUGCACGUUUCCCAAAUGUUGAAUUAUUCAUGUGAGAAUGCAAUGUAGUUAAAUUUCAAUAAGAAAGAGUUUUUGUACUUGUGAUGUUUUUGAUGAUAUUUAUUUGCCUUUCAUACAACAGGAGUUUGGUAUUUACAUUAUGAAAUGCUUAUAUUUGAUUUAUAUGGUAACGCACUGAGUAGACAGUGUUGAUAUUCAAGUACUUGCCGUGAUAGCCUCUGUGAUACACUUAUUUGCACAAGUAUAACAGUAUUAUGGAAUGUGCAAACAUCAUACUUUGUUUGUGGAGAGCUGCCCAUGCAUAUCGUCCCUAAUUGCCUCUGUCUGUGUUCUGUCCUCUCAACAAUUAGGCAUUAAUAAGUGAUUCGGGAAGUUGGCAGUGAAAUUCUUCUGCUUUAUUCUCACAUCGUUGUGUGUAAUGAAUUUCUUUGUUUGUGUUGCCGGGCUCGCUGCACAUUUCUUGUGGAACAUCGAAGCAUGUAUUCUCGUUCAGCACCGAAUAAAAUGUACAUAUACUGUG